UGCAGAGCGAGGGCAGGAGGUAAAUAAAACUACCUAACAACAACCACAUCUCGUUCUUGAGUGGAACAUCCCAAGCGGACUACUCUCCAGCACCCUAGCCUCCUGCCAUGUCCGACCCUAUCACACUAAAUGUUGGGGGAAAGCUCUACACAACCUCACUGGCAACCUUGACCAGCUUCCCCGAUUCCAUGCUAGGUGCCAUGUUCAGCGGGAAGAUGCCCACCAAGAGGGACAGCCAGGGCAACUGCUUCAUUGACCGUGAUGGCAAAGUGUUCCGCUACAUCCUCAACUUCCUGCGGACCUCCCACCUGGACUUACCUGAGGACUUCCAGGAGAUGGGCCUGCUCCGCAGGGAGGCUGACUUCUACCAGGUGCAGCCCCUGAUUGAGGCACUGCAAGAGAAGGAGGUGGAGCUCUCCAAGGCGGAGAAGAAUGCCAUGCUCAACAUCACACUGAACCAGCAUGUGCAGACAGUCCACUUCACUGUGCGUGAGGCACCCCAGAUAUACAGCCUCUCCUCCUCCAGCAUGGAGGUCUUCAAAGCCAACAUCUUCAGCACCUCCUGCCUCUUCCUCAAGCUCCUCGGCUCCAAGCUCUUUUACUGCUCUAAUGGCAAUCUCUCAUCCAUCACCAGCCACUUGCAGGACCCCAACCACCUGACUCUGGACUGGGUGGCCAAUGUGGAGGGCCUCCCAGAGGAGGAGUACACCAAGCAGAACCUCAAGAGGCUCUGGGUGGUGCCAGCCAACAAGCAGAUCAAUAGCUUCCAGGUCUUCGUGGAGGAGGUGCUGAAAAUCGCUCUAAGUGACGGCUUCUGCAUUGAUUCCUCUCACCCACACGCUCUGGAUUUUAUGAACAAUAAGAUUAUUCGAUUAAUACGGUACAGGUAAAAGGACCCCAGCUGCAUUGGAGGGGGGUUCCCAAGAAGCUCCACGUCAGCCAAGAUCUUAAAAAGCAUCUCACCAGUGGUGUGAGGCAGGGCACUCUACUAAUCUGUAUUAAUCAUGUAGCAGGACUUGAUUCCCCCCAUGAUACAGUCCACCUGUAGGAAUCCACGUGUCCUCUCAACAGAGCCACCUUUUUUCUUGCCAUUUUGAGCUGGAGAUGGUCAGUCUGUUAUGACAAGUGAAGAGUCUGCUGAUGUAUCCUAAAGGAGGCCACAGGAAGACUUUCUGGCUACAAAAGAGCAGCAUUUCUGGCAUGGAACUCCAUCUCUCUCUAUACCACUAGGCAGUGCCUCACUUACCCAUCUGAAUAAGAGCCCCUGGUGGAGGGGAUGAGGUGAGAACAAGAUGUUCCCUUCAGCUUCCCAGGAUAGUUGUACCCAGAGAUCCCCAUUACCCCUGCUCUUCCAUCCCAAGGAAGCAGCCAAGACCUUGGAUUUGUUUGCCCAAGGGUGACCAUGUUUGACUGGCUUGGAAAAGCAGUAUGUUCUCAAAGCUAUAUUGUCCCCCACUGGGGGAGAGAUUGGAGCUGUGGCAUGGCAUAGAGGAGUGAGCAUCCAAGCAGGGUUCAGAAGAUGAGGAUAUCACUUUUGACGGGAUCAACUCUAAGUGUUUGGGGAUUUUUGGCUUCAGAAAUGGGCAGCUGUCCCUCUGAAGGCUUGAAAAUCUGGAGCCAGUGCAAUGAAAGGCACCUCAUACUGUGGCCUGUUGCCUGACUUUUGUAACCCUUUCCCCAAGAAUUUGAGGUAUCAUUGGAACAAUUUUAAACAAAUAUAUUAUGGACUCCCGGGGUUGGAAAAUAAUUCGGUUGUCACUUAGCCCUCCCUUUCCCAGCAUACCCCAGCACAUUUGGGGAUGAGUUCCUCUCCCCAGUACCUCCAAGCGAUCACCUAUCCCUGCUUGCAUACCUCCAGUGAGGGGAAGCUCAUCAUGCCUAAGGCAGCCCCGGCCAUGAUUGGCUAGUACUGGCUGUUAGACAGUUCUUAUAUGAGCCAAAAAUCUGUCCUUCCACUCCCAUUUCCUGGUCUGGUUCUUCUCACUCAAAUAUAUUUUUUCUCUUUCAAAAUAAUCACCUUAAGAGACCAAACACUCAUGCUGAAAAUAUUAGGAUUCCCCUUUGGGAUCUGUCUUCAGAUCUGGUUGGCCCUCUUCCAUCCCCUGUAAGUCAACCCCAUUUUGUAUGACUUUGUCCUCUUUGUGACCCCUAUUUCACCACCUUCCUCACCAGCCACAACUCUAGACACCCUUUGACCAUCUUUUAUUGGAGGAUGAAGAUUUGCGGCCCCAUUGGAAGUGCUGCCAAAUGAAGCAGAGCAGGGUCUCAGAAAGCAGUGUGCAGUGAGGGGCCCAAGAGUGGUUUGACCAUAACACUGCCCUUGGACUGUGUCCACCUCUGGGCCAGUGCUCUGAAUGAGGAGGCCUUCCCCUGUAGUACUGUUUCUGGUCAUAACCAGACCAUGGACUUCCUUGGGGUGAGAUCCAGGGCAAGACACCCCUAGACACUACUUCCCAGGGGGUGAUGAGCAGUGCAGGCUUCAAAACUGCACAUUAUGAUUCAUCCCUGGAGUGAGUAAGGCCUUGGGAGUCUGAGUCUUCCCCACUGUCUAGGGGCCCUCAGACAAAGCCAGGAAAGCCUGGUGGCACAGACGCCCACAGGAGAUAGGCCAAGGAAGGGUCUUCCCAUAAUGUGCUCUGUGAGUAGGGAGCUGUACACUGGGCCAUAGGCAAUGCCACAUCCCUUAGGUAAUACAGGCCCUUUCCCCUACCAUGGGACCCAAGAGUCUCUGACAGCUGCCCCAGACUACCAGGCCAGUGGUACUCAAAUGGAAGCUAUGACCACAACAAAACAGUUUAGGGAAGAUGGCUCAUAAAUUACCACUGCCCUUUUUUCCUCUCCAUAAAAAUUUUUCUUCAUCUUUUUGGUGCUUCUUAAUUCAAGCAGCUUGACUGUAGAGAAAGCACAGGACCUGUGAAGCCACUAAUGUGCUGUGUGACUUUAUGUAGGUCACUCACCUCACUGAGCCACCUCUGUUUUUUCAUCUGUGAAAUGCGUGUAACAGUAAUAUAUAA